AUGUCGCAAGGCGAAGGUGCCGUCGGCACCUACAAGAAAUGGGAUUUUAACGAGGAAAUGGAGUCGGAGAAGCAAGAGCGGAGGAAAGCGCCUAAAGGAGUGCUGUCCCUCCUCGCCGCCGCGUCUCCGGAGAGGGCGAUGGCACGGCUGUACGUGCUUCUGGCUCUCGCCUUCCUGCUCUUCAUGGUUCUCACCAUCGUGAAUCUCCGGAGAGUAUCCGCCGUGUGGGAGGCGUUGGAACAAGCCCAGAUGCGGAGCAAGAGCAGCCACACGACGGCGUGGCACAACCUCUCGGAGGUCCAGCGCACCCUCGAUAAACAGCUCUCCAGCGACCUCAAGGCGAUCCAUGGCCGACUUCUGAACGUGUCGCAAGAAGUGGAGAACAUGCAGAAGGUGAUGUGGCAGAAAGAGGAGUGCGGGAAGGAGCUAUCGGAUCGCCUCCGUGCCCUGGAGGAAAGGGACGCGCCGGAGCCGGUGCUGCGGCAGCUGGCGGAGGUGAAGCAGGAGCAGAGCCGUGCCUCGGCGCUCCUUGACGCGGCGCUGGAGGAGACGCGCAACCUCUCAAAAAUUCUCUGCGCGAGUUGUCCCGACGGCUGGCAGCAAUUCGCCAAAACCUGCUACUUCUUCUCCACCAUCGCCAAGCCUUGGCUGGAAGCUAAAGACUCCUGCGCCGAAUUCAACGCCCACCUGGCCGUCGUCAACACUGAGCAAGAAAACGUAAGCUUAGAAAUCCCAUAA